AUGUGUCAGAGUCUCAACGAUGAGGCUUCGUACUGCAAGUGGUGGCUCCCUCGCCCUACUUGCCUCGGAGGCGAUCAGCCGUGUGGGGAUCAAACUGUGUGCACCUCGCAGACGUGGCCACCUGCUCCUACACCUCCUCUCCCAGUUGGUGCCCACCCUCAUGAAUCUGCUCCUUGCAAUUCCUACUGUGUUGGCCUCAACGGACCGUCUUCCUUCUGCAAGUGGUGGAAGAGUGAGCCUGUCUGUCAAGGUGGGGAUCAGCCUUGUGGCCCGUCGGAUUGCCCUACCGGCACCCCCGCCCCUACCGAAGGGCCUCCUGACUCUCAUGCCGGCCCAAGCCCCAACUGCGAUGCGUACUGUACCGCCAUCAACCUAGGCCUUCCUGGCGAUCGUGUGUCGUACUGCAAGUGGUGGCUCUACGUACCGGUCUGCUAUGACGGCGACCAGCCUUGUGGCCCGAGUUUCUGCAACAACUACGGGGACAGUACAACUAUGACUGCCACCAAUACCGUCGCAACAACCCAGACAACUAUCAGUGUCACUUCGACUGUGCAGACGGCCACCACUGUUGCUUCGACAACUCAGACGGCGACCACUGCAGUUCCGACAACUCAGGCGGCCACUACUGUAGCUCCGACAACUCAGGCGGCCACCACUCAGGCGGCCACUACUGUUGCUCCGACAACUCAGGCGGCCACUACUGUAGCUCCGACAACUCAGGCGGCCACCACUCAGGCGGCCACUACUGUUGCUCCGACAACUCAGGCGCCUGCCACAAUAGUUUCGACAACUCAGGCGGCCACUACUGUAGCUCCGACAACUCAGGCGGCUACCACUGUAGUUCCGACGACUCAGGCGGCUACCACUGUAGCUCCGACAACUCAGGCGGCCACUACUGUAGCUCCGACAACUCAGGCGGCCACCACUCAGGCGGCCACCACUCAGGCGGCCACUACUGUUGCUCCGACAACUCAGGCGGCCACUACUGUCGCUCCGGCAACUCAGGCGGCUACCACUAUAGCUCCAACAACUCAGGCGGCCACUACUGUAGCUCCAACAACUCAGGCGCCCAGCACUCAGGCGGCCACUACUGUUGCUCCGACAACUCAGGCGGCCACUACUGUUUCUCCGACAACUCAGGCGGCUACCACUAUAGCUCCAACAACUCAGGCGGCCACCACUCAGGCGGUCACUACUGUUGCUCCGACAACUCAGGCGGCCACUACUGUUGCUCCGACAACUCAGGCGCCUACCACUGUUGCUCCAACAACUCAGGCAGCUACCACAGUAAUUCCAACAACUCAGGCGGCUACCACUCAGACGGCCACUACUGUUGCUCCGACAACUCAGGCGGCCACUACUGUCUCUCCGACAACUCAGGCGGCUACCACUGUAGCUCCAACAACUGAGGCGGCCACCACUCAGGCGGCCACUACUGUUGCUCCGACAACUCAGGCGGCCACUAAUGUUGCUCCGACAACUCAGGCGGCUACCACUGUUGCUCCAACAACUCAGGCGGCCACUACUGUUGCUCCGACAACUCAGGCGCCUACCACUGUUGCUCCAACAACUCAGGCAGCUACCACAGUAGUUCCAACAACUCAGGCGGCUACCACUGUUGCUCCGACAACCCAGGCGGCCAUCACUAUAGCUCCGACUACUCGGGUUGUUACGACUGCGUCACCUACUACACAGGCGACCACCACAGCUCAAGAAGUUACCACUAUCCAGGUCUCACCCUAG